AUGAAUACGGCGUUGUUGCUAAGUAAAGAAAUGAAAAUAAUUGAAUCCCCAAAGAAGACAAGAGAGGAAGUGUGGCGAGAAGCAUCGGCAAUCACUGGAAUUGGAGACCACUGGGGAAUCCCUCUUCUGUUUGGUGUUUCCACAGAUCGGGCACCAUUUUAUCUGGUUCUCCAUUUCCACGCUUUGCGUAGUGAAAGCGCUCCGGAAAAAGGAAUUCAAGAUGUUGCCAUGUGCGCAAAUAUCUUAAAGCAACCAUGCGAAAUACUAAUAUUCAUCCAUGAAAGAGGUUUCUUGCACAACGAUGUGAAGGGCAAUAAUGUUGUCAUUGACGGAUCGGAAAAUAAACCCGUAAUUAUCGAUUUUGGAAAAAGU